UCCUCUCUUAAUAAGCCAGGCAGACAAGAGGAUUCUAGAGUACUAGAGGACACCACAAAAGUCAGAGAAAGGAAUUAGAGCGGACUCUCUGGAGGAAGCAAAAACUUGUCCUCUGGGAUCACUUACAGCUUGAGAACUGAUAUGACAUCACACCUCCUGGUGAAAAAUACAUUAAAGAACCUGUUAGGGUCAUAGAUUUGAUACCUCCAAUGAUACCAGCAUCGAAAGGUAAGAAUAUUAAAAUUCAACCAACUUUGAGCAAAAUGAGCCAGGAAGAAAUGGAGGACAGUUUGUUUCGUCUUCGUGAAGAACACAUGUUGCUAAAGAAGCUUUCUUGGAAGCAACAGGAUGAGAUCAAAAGGAUGAGGACAGCCUUGCUGCGGUUGACAGUUGCCGGCCGGGACCUGAGGGCAGAGGCGGCCACCCCAGAGCAAUUCUCAGAGCCGGCAAGGCCGAGGCGGGACGCGGGGCGGCGGCAGCAUCCCCCUAAGCACCAGCGCCCCCUGAUGCUGGGGCGGCAACAGCAGUUCCAGCGCCACGGCGCCCCGGUUUCCCACCGCACGCAGCCUCGGGUCCAUGUGGGACAAAGACAGGUCCACAGCGCGGGCGCUCAAGUGCCAGAGAAACCCAGGAGGGAGCCAAGAGACAGGCUGAGCUACACAGCCCCUCCCACAUUCAAGGAGCAUGUGACAAAUGAGAAAAACAGAGAUGAAAUAUCCAGUGGACCCAGCGAACUCAAAGUCAUAAUUGUGAGUAAGCUCAUUGGUUUAUGCAUGCCUAACAGUGCCCACAGUAUGACUAGCAAUACUAUGCAAGUGGGAGUAUCACCCAAGUCUCCUGAGACGAUGUGGUCCAAAGAUGAAGAUUUUGAACAGAGAAGCUCUUUGGAAUGUGCUCAGAAGGCCACAGAGCUUCGAGCUUCUAUUAAGGAGAAUAUAGAGCUGAUUCGACUUAAGAAGCUCUUACAUGAGAGGAAUACCACACUGGUAGCGACAAAAGCACAAUUAACAGAAGUUCAAAAGGCAUAUGAAAGUCUGCUCCAGAAGAACCAGGGAAUCCUGAGUGCAACCCAUGAUGCCCUCCUCAGCCAAGUGAAUGAGCUGAGGGCAGAGCUGAAGGAGGAGAGCAAGAAGGCUGUGAGCCUGAAGAGCCAACUGGAAGAUGCAUCCAUUCUGCAGAUAACAUUGAAGGAGUUUCAGGAAAGAGUUGACGAUUUGGAAAAAGAACGACAAUUGCUGAAUGACAACUAUAACAAACUCUUAGAAAACAUGCUGGACAGCAGUAAUCCUCCUCACUGGAGCCAAGAGCUUGGAGGAGAACAGCUACAGCAGAAAGUCUCUCAGUUGCAGCAUCAGCUGGAUGCUGAGCUGGAGGAGAAGAGAGAAGUCUUACUUCAGCUGUCCAGAGUGACAGCUCAAAACGAGGAUCUGAAGCUUGAAGUCACCAACCUGCUUGAGAAACAUAAGCAGGAAGUAGAGACCCUCCAAAAUAAAGACGCAAUUUCCCAAUCUACUGACAGGCAAGCUGAGCCAGCCACUCCCCCGCCUCUAUUCCUUGAGGCCACUCAGAUAGAGCUCUGUGAACCAAAAAAACAAGAAGAAAAGAAACUGUCCCAGUUGUUAAGUGAGUUGCAAAUAUCAUAUGCAGAGACCACACUGGAACUAGAAAAGACCAGAGACAUGCUUAUUCUGCAGCGCAAAAUCAACGUGUGUUAUCAGGAGGAACUGGAUGCAAUGAUGACAAAAGCCGAUAAUGAGAAUCAAGAUCACAAUGAAAAAAUGGAGAGGCUGAAUAGACUCCUAGACCUCAAGAACAAUCGUAUCAAGCAGCUGGAAGGUAUUUUAAGAAGCCAUGGCCUCCCACUAUCUGAACAGCUGAAAGAUGUGGCUUAUGGUACCCGACAGAUGUCAUUGUAUCUGGAAACACUGCCAGCCCAUAGAGAUGAGGAUAAAGUGAACAUUUCUCUGUUGCAUCAAAGUGAGAAUCUGUUUGAACUGCACAUUCACCAGGCCUUCCUGACAUCUGCUGCUCUGGCUCAGGCUGAAGACACUCAACCUACCACUUUCUGCACCUAUUCCUUCUAUGAUUUUGAAACCCACUGUACCCCACUAGCUGUGGGGCCACAGCCGCUUUAUGACUUCACCUCCCAGUAUGUGGUAGAGACAGACUCCCUUUUCUUGCACUACCUUCAAGGGGCUUCAGCCCAGCUGGAGCUUCACCAGGCUCUAGCCAGUGAGCACCACACCCUUGCAGCCGGAUGGAUUUGCUUUGACAGGGUGCUGGAGACUGUGGAGAGAGUCCAUGGCUCUGCCACACUUACUGGAGCUGGUGGAGAAGACUUUGGGGUGCUAGAAUACUGGAUGAGGCUGCACUUCCCCAUAAGAUCCAGCCUACAGGCAUGCAAUAAGCGAAAAAAGGCUCAGGCCUACCUGUCAGCCAAUGUGCUUGGAGCCUGGAGGGCCCAGGAGGAUGAGGUUGCCCUUUCUCUCCAUCCAAGACCAACAUCUCUCCAGUCCAGAUCAGAGACUUGGAAGCAUCAGAAUGAGCUGCAGGUGGAAAUCACCAGAUGCUGUGGCCUCCAGAGUCGACGGCUGGGAACCCAACCCAGUCCGUAUGCCAUGUACCGUUUUUUCACCUUUCCUGACCACGACACGGCCAUCAUUCCAGCCAGUAACAAUCCCUACUUUAGGGACCAGGCUCAAUUCCCAGUGCUUGUGACUUCUGACCUGGAUCAAUAUCUGAGACGGGAGGCCCUGUCUAUAUACGUUUUUGACGAUGAAGACGCAGAAUCUGGCUCCUACCUUGGCAAAGUCCAAGUGCCUUUGCUGCCUCUUGCACAAAACAAAUCCAUUAAAGGUGAUUUUAACCUCACUGAUCCUGCGAGAAAACCCAAUGGAUCUGUUCAGGUACAGCUGGAUUGGAAGUCUUGCUAUCUAGCUCCCGAGAGCUUCCUGAAACCAGAAGCUCAGACUGACGAGAACGACGAGAACGACGAGAACGACGCCAACCACAGUUUAGAGAUCUCAUCUGAUGAGGAAAAGGGUUUCUUUCCUCCCCAGGUGGUAUCUGCUGAGAUUCCCAUCGCAGCUGACCAGCAUGCAACUAAGAGAAAACCUCCUCAGGGGGGAGAAAGAAAGGAAAGGGAACACCAGGUUGCAAGCUACUCACGAAGAAAACAUGGCAAAAGAACAGGUAUCCAAGGAAAGAACAGAAUGGAGUAUCUUAGUCGUAACUUCUUAAGUGGAAAUACACUACAGCAGGUGAACUACACUGAAUGGAAAUUCUCAGGGUUUAACAUCUCCAUAGAUGAUUAUUUAAAGAAUCCGGAAAAGGAAGAGGAAAUUACAUCAUUCCCUUCAGCACUGAUACAAAAUGAAGCUCUCCAUCCUGUAAUUGCAGAUAAAGAAUCCUGUGAACGAGCUUCUGAGGUCAGUGAAGCACAAACUACAGACAGUGACGACAUAGUGACAGCCAUAUCUCAGAAAUGUCCGAAGGCAGAUUCAGAGAAGAUGUGCAUUGAAAUUGUCAGCCUGGCCUUCUUCUCAGAAGCUGAAGUGAUGUCUGAUGAGAACAUAAAACAGGUGUAUGUGGAGUACAAGUUCCACGAUCUACCCUUGUCAGAGACCGAAACGCCUGUGUCCCUGAGGAAACCGAGGGCAGGAGAAGAGAUCCACUUCCACUUUAGCAAGGUGAUAGACCUGGACCGCCUGGAGCAAAAAGGCCGAAGGCAAUUUCUGUUUGACAUGCUGAAUGGACAAGGUCCUGAGCAAGGACGUUUAAAGUUCACAGUGGUAAGUGACCCUAUGGAUGAGGAAAAGAAUGAAUGUCAAGAAGUAGGAUAUGCAUAUCUGAAACUGUGGCAGAUCAUGGAAUCAGGAAGAGACAUUAUAGAGCAAAAGCUAGACAGCCAGUUUGACUGUCCAUAUCACUCGCUAGGGGAUCCUUGUUUAUCUUGUAGGUUCUUCAUCCUGAGUUUGAAUGUUGUUAGCCCUACAGACCAGGCUACCCCAAUAGGAAGUCUGAAGGUGUCCCUUCAAGCUGUUGCUGCCUUCCAUGCUAUUCACAAGGAGAUGACCGAAGAUUUGUUUUCGUGAUAGAACAAGGGCUAUUCCAUUCUAAACUCUGUGAGGGAACCAUAGUAAAAAAGUCUCUUAUAAAGUAACUUGCUAAUCCAUAAGUUUGGUUUACUGUGAUGUCUAGCUCAUAUCUCUCAAUCUGAUCAUAAAAGCUUAGAAUAUGAAAGUUUGUUUUCCUGAUACUAGCUGGACAAAAUCAUUAUUUUCUAACGCCUCAGCACUUUACCAAGCGAGCAGGCUUGCUUUUAGGAACUGCAAAAAAAACUAUCACAGAAGCUGAAUUUACAAAAACAAAACAACAACAAAAAAAACCCACAGUUUAUUUAUCUUUUAGUUCUUCCAAAAUUGAAAAUAUCAAGUCCUACUGCUAAAGAGAAAAAAACAAACAAAAUCUGAGACCCCUCCCCCCUCCUCUCUUAAAGUCACAAAACACAGAAUUAACUGCAGUGGAACAGGUGGGUGCAGAGAACCAGGAGGGGGAGUAUGGCAAGAUAAACUCCCCAAAUACUUAAAAA